GUUUCAAGCUCAUUACUUUAGCAAACAAAGCGAGCUGCGGUUACGGAGGAUCCAACUACAGGACAGCCUGCAAUCUUUAAAGGAGUCGGCGAAAGAGAAGAGACAUGAAGUAUUGCUUAACUGUGGGCGAGAUGAUUAGCCAACAUUACAGAUGCAGAACUCCGGGUGAGAUUAUUAAGGAACAUUAUGGGGAUACUGAGGAUGAUCCUAGCUGCGGCGACGACCCCAGACUUGACGAUCUUCCCGACACCCUUUCGUUUCAUGGAUCUGAUGAUGAAGAUGAAGAUGACUGCGUCUUUGAGAGUGGAUUCUCUAAGGUUAAGGGAGAAGAAGAAAAGGGAACCACUGUUGCGCUAAUGGAGGAAGUACCUGGAGCUUCGCCGUCCAAGAAGUUUACUGCUCUAAAGUACUCGGUAGCAGGGAAGAUGAAGAGGAACAUGAUUAAUGAUUACAGUGGACCUGAUGAUCAAUUGCCUUCCACAUUCAAGAUUAAUCCCAAACUAUCCAUCCUGAUGAUGGUGACGACUAGUAUUUUAAGUUUCAUGUGUUGUAUGCCCUAAUUAGGAACAGAACAAGGUAGCCC